UUCAAACUCUCUUCCUCCUCUUUUCUUCUCCAUCUCACCUCGGUCUCGUCUCCUCUUUCUCUCUCCAUCUCUCCAUCCACUUCUCUUUGGUUUCCUGUCUUGUCGUGCCUCACAUCUGCUGGUCCUUCGUUGGACUGCUCCCCAUCCCCAUCCCCAUCCCGUCAUCUUCUGCAUUCAUCAUCGAGCCCCUGCUCGCCUUAUCGUCCUCGUCACUCACUAGCGUGCCGUCUUCCUUAUCAUCAUCCCAUAGUCAUCCUCUGUACAUCGGACGGCCCAGCGCUGUAAUUCUCAACCCCAUCGAUUUCCAUCAUGUCAACUCCUGCUCCUCCUGCUGCUCCCACGGUCACUCCCAAUACCAUCAUCACCCUAAAGGUGCUUCAUAAUGGGAGCAAUCGACGCUUCAAGGUUCCCUUGAGAGAGCUGGGAGCUCGGGUUCUGCCCCAGAAGCUCCGCCAACUUCUUGGCAUCCCGGAAGACGUUAACGUCAUCUUCGAGCGCUUUUCCGACAGCGCCGGUUCUUUCAUCCUCUUGGACAGCGAGAACCCCGCCAUUUACAAGCAACUCUAUCGUGCUGCCAAGGCUAAACUCAAGCUGCGCCUUCGGGCUACUGUCGUCGGCGAGGGCUCUCAGCCCCCGCUUUCUGAGGAACAGGAGCAGCAGAAACUGGCCAAGUAUAGCUACCUUGACACCGUUCUCAGCCCUCCGCUGCCCGAGUCUCAGAGUGAAUCCUCACCGGCUCUGCCAAAUGACUUCUCGGAGAACACUCCUGAUGUGGUGGAGGGUGCAGACAAGCCUGCCGACGUUGAGCCACAACCCGUGCAGCCAGUAAACACUUUCACGGCCCCUCAGCCCCAGUACCGUGACUUCGUGCUAGGCCAGGACAGUUUGAACACCCCCAUUGUCUCCCACACGUCCCCUACGGAGGUUUACUGUAUUGACUGCAACCACUGUGGUCGGUCCAUUCCUAAUGAACAUUACCACUGCAGCAUCUGUGAGAAUGGUGAUUAUGAUCUGUGUCUCGAGUGUGUAGACAACGGAGUCACCUGUCCAGAUGAGGGCCAUUGGUUGAUUAAACGAGGCGUCAAGGACGGGGUUGUCACCAACAGCACCACCGAAAAGGUUCCUCCUCGAGUGGUUCAAGCUGAGGAGCGAGAACCCGCCGCCGUUCCUGAACUCGUUUCGGAAGAUAUUCCUCGCCCUCUAUCUGCUGCGCCAGUGGUCCAUGCCGAUGAGCGUAUCUGCAACGGCUGUCUCAAGGAACUCGACGAGACCAAAAUGGUCACUUGUGCCGACUGCGAGGACUAUGAUCUUUGCAUCACUUGUCUUCUGAAGGACACGCAUGGUCAUCACCCUGCCCACACCUUUUCUCUUCUUCAUGACCGCCAAUUCUGCCUGAAGAAUAUGGUUCUGUCUCGUUGCAAGCCCGGACGUCAUCACCAGCAUGCCGCCAUCUGCGACGGGUGUGAGAAGAGCAUCAUUGGUGUGCGCUACAAGUGUCUCACUUGCCCUGAUUGGGACUUCUGCUCUAGCUGCCACACAGAUGCAUCCAACCGCCACCCAGGCCAUCGAUUUGCUCCUCUAUAUGAAUCAAUUGCCGAACCGCCGCAGUCCCACGAGGUUCAUUUUGGCAUUUUCUGCGAUGGUCCCCUUUGCAAGGCUCAGUCGCGAUCUACUUACAUCACCGGGGUUCGCUACAAGUGCUCUGUGUGUUACGAUACUGACUUCUGCGCCAAAUGCGAGGCCCUUCCCACCAAUUUCCACAACCGCACGCACCCCAUGGUCAUGCUCAAGACUCCCGUGCGAAACGUCACCGUCAGCACCCUCCAGGAAGACAGGCUGGACAAGCCGGCUGCCUCAUUAGGCGACCCGGUUCAAAACUCUACUCCCACACAGGCUGUUUCUACGCCACCUGUGCCUGAGACACCCGCCCAGGAGACCACAUCCGAAAAGGCGGCCAUCAAGGAAGAGCAGAUUGUCAGCGAUUCGCCUUCCACGGAUAGCGUCAAGGCCGAUGAGCUGCCUACCGGAGACCCGGCCUCAAGCUAUCAGGCCUUCUUCAUCCGCGACACCAUUCCUGAUGGCUCCGUCGUGUCUCCGAACAAAGUGUUCCAGCAGACCUGGACUCUCUACAACCCUGGCCCCCUUGCGUGGCCCGUAGGAAGUGAUGUGCGCUUCGUUGGUGGCGACUCCAUGUUCAACGUUGACACGAACCACCCAUUGAGUCUCAACUCGAUCUCUGCUGCUAUGGAGAGCAACAAACUAUCGGCACCGUUGGAGCCCGGCCAGAGCGCCGAUUUCACCGUGACCCUGAAAGCCCCUGGCCGGGUGGGAACUGCCAUCUCGUACUGGCGACUGAAGCUGUCAAAUGGCAUGCCAUUUGGCCAUCGGCUGUGGUGUGACAUUCAAGUCCGGGACGAUGAUUCUACGGUCAACCCGGCUCCUUCUGAAUCGAAGACCGUGGAAGAAAAUGCCCACCAGGAGAUCACGCCAACGGCAGCAGAUCGCGAAAAUGAACGCAGUGGAAGUCAAAUGAUCUUCCCCAAGCUGGAAAAGGAGUCGCCAGAGUCCAGUACCCAUGAAGGGGUGGUUACGGCCCCAGCGGCACCCCCCCUCUCCACUGCAUCCGAGCGGGAUGUUCUCGAGGACGUGGAAAACCUGACUCUCGGGGACGACGACACGGAGGCCGGAUUUUUGACUGACGAGGAAUAUGACAUCUUGGAUGCCAGCGAUCAGGAAUACAUGGACGCUCGGUCGGCCCGCCCUUGAUUGGUGCGAGGGAAACCGGCGAGAAAGCAUUUCUAAUAAUCUCUGUUUCUUUCUGUUUUAUUCGCCUCUCACCCGUCUCUUCGAUUAGUUUGAUCUUGCGCCUGUCUUCUUUCUGUUCUCUGCGGCAAGGAAAUUCGGGGAGUUGCCAUUGAAACGGAUGGAGGGCAACAAGUUGCUCUCGCCACUCUUGCAGCCAAAGAGUGGAAUCAGGGUGCUGUAAUUGGCCGUAGUUCUGCUCAUCAACGAGCUCUGUUUUUGCGCUAUGAAGAGUAUCAUUUCCCAGCUCUCUAUUUAUGGUAUUGAUUUACAAUCCCGGAUUUAUCU